UCCUGUUGAUUUACCAGUCGUUUUAUUCUUCGUUCAGCCUUUCCAAUAAGUUUAUAAAAAAUCUACAGAGCGAAAUAUUUUGCCAAAUUAUUAUUCGUAACUAUUAAUAAUUAAUCUAAAAAUAGAUCUGGUGCAGAACAUCUGUAAAGUUUGCAGUCUACGCCCUACAUUUUCGGCCGCUUUUAUUAGAGAACCAUCUCUCUACAUUUUUCCCAAUAUAAACUCUCAACUUUCAUCGUUUUGAUUCGUUUUUCUUCAAGAUUAUUUAUCGGAAUUAAGCGAAACUGUAAUAAUGAUUGGAAAAUUUGGCAGUGAAUUUUGGAUAUUAAUUAAGCAAACUUUUGGUUUGUAUAAACCUUUGGCUCUUAUUCUUAGCUACUGGUACAUGGGCGCUAUGUUGUUUGCAUAUCUGGAGAAACAGGAUAACAGCUUAUCAACUGUUCGAACGGCAAAGAUGCAGUUAAAUGCAGCCAAGCAUUCACUGUUAUCGGCCUCUUGGAGUCUGCCCAAAUCGAAUAAAGACAAAUGGACUAGAACGAUGGAAGCCAUCAUUAACCAAUAUGAUCAAGCUUUAGAGAAGCAUAGGGCAAUUUCAGAGGAGGAUGAUACAAUUACACCAGAUGCAGAUUGGAACUUGGAAGAAAGUGCUUAUUAUGUUCUUACAUUAUUUACAACUAUAGGUUAUGGUCACAUUGCUCCUAAUUCUAUGAAUGGUCGACUAGCAACAAUCAUCUACGGUUUCUUUGGAAUUCCUUUAUGUUUGGCGGCUUUAAAUCAAUUCGCUAAAUUGUUCGUCCGAUCCUUCAAAUUGUUUAGAUCAAUUAUUUAUAAGAGUAAAGUUGAUGACAACUUCAAUGUCAACAUUUUUACGGCCACCUUUGUUCUAAUAAUCUACACCGGAGCAGGAGUGUUAUUAUACAGUUUAACAGAAGAAUGGACAAUAUCCGAAAGCAUCUAUUUUAUAUUUGUAUCCUUAUCAACAAUUGGCUUUGGUGAUCUUUUACCAAAGAAUUCCAAAUUCUUCCUACUAUCAUCGCUCUACCUAUUCUUCGGCUUAGCCGUUUAUGGUAUGGUUAUAAACGUUUUCGUCCAACUUUUCGAGAAUAUUCUCUCACCUCCCAAGCCGAAGAUAAAGUUUAGAGUAAAAACUGAUUAGAACAAUCGAAAAGAAUGUUUCGUUUCUUUUUUUGUUUCUAUAAAUUAUUAACAAGAACUUUAAUAAUAGUGAUAUUUUUCGUUUUACCUUCUUUCUCUCUCUUUUUAUCUAUCUCUCUCUCUCUCUCUCUCUCUCCAAUAUAAUAUCUAUUUUUUUCUUUCUUUUCCUUUUUUUUUUGUUUUCGUUUU